AUGGGCAAUAUCAGUAGCAGGCUUGACGAUGGUGCCCUUCUGUACUUGAAGGAUCAAACGAGGUUCUUCAUUAGUUCCAUUGUCGUCAGCAACGCUCACGGAAGAGUCCUCCUCAGUGUCGCGCCAACUGCAUACCCUGCAUCACGUCUCGUUGGGAAACCAGACGCGACAGACUAUCGGCCAAUCUCUUACAUUCAAGACCCUGACUCCUCCGCCCUUGCGUUUCUCCCACGACUGGAUCUUGAGGAUGAGUUGGACCUUCGCUUCACCUUCGUCAGUCGUCAGAACCUUACCCCCUUGCCUGUCGCACCCUCAACUGCGACUGCCGCUGUCGACACCACCGUUAAUGGCUUGACUUUUGCAUAUGCCCCCAACGGCAAAGAGUUGGAUACGCUCAUCACACGGGAAUUCCACGCAGACCCUAAUUUACACAAAAAUUCAAAUGUACAGUUUAUUGGCGACUUCGGGACAAACGGAAAUCCCUCCAUCACCUACGAAUGGAACUGGCGUUGGAAACCUCCAAAGCCUUACGAGGACAGGGGCGGGGGCUGGCGCAACUCUUGCAGUUUCCUUGAGUAUGACUCCAGAGCGCACAGAUUAAACACUCUGGCGUCCUUUUCCUUCUGGGUCAACAACGCUACACUGCCGGAUUUGACACCACUUGCGUCUCCAAACGUUGAACUGAUGGUCCCCCCCCAAAAGCUGCGGUUGCCAUCUUCUCAGUCUUACCAGUCUGCAGUGAGUGACUCGGAGGGUCCGUCCGAUCAUGCAAAUCCGCCCUCCCCCAAUGUCCAAUCUGCGGACUUCAAUUCUAGUGCCUCGACUAUAGCACCUGCAGCCUCUGUGAUCGAUGUCCAAUGUCAACGACCCGGAGGAGACGUGACUGCGGUUGAAGACGGUCCGCUAUUCAGGGCCACAAUGAAAUCAUUGGAACAGAAAACCGGUACUAUGCGAGUCCAGAUCAAGAAGGUAUUGAAGAAAGCAGAAGCUGCCCAGCAGGCACAGGCCGAGUGCAACCAAGCCAUGUCGGCCUUCUUGAGCGCGCUUCAAGAAGCAUCUGCCUCAAACGCCACAGCUUUCAAGCCCGCCCUCGACCACUAUUUCACGAAUAUUGCGCAACGGAUCUUGAAGUAUGAGAAAGAGAACAGUAUACUUUUACAGAAACAGAUCAUCGAUCCCAUCUCCAAACUGUACAACUUCGACAUAAAACAAGCCGAGGCGAAGAAAAAGGACUUUGAGGACGAGAGCCGGGACUACUACGCCUACGUGAGUCGUUACCUCGGCCAAAGGCAAGAUUCACUGAAGGACAAGAAACGGGCGGAAAGUGAUUCAAAGUAUCAAACGAAGAAGCGGAACUUUGAACUCAAGAGAUUCGAUUACUCCACAUUCAUGCAAGACCUCCAUGGCGGGCGCAAGGAACAAGAACUUCUCUCACAGCUCACCAAGUAUGCGGACGGGCAGGCGAAAUCAUUCCUCGCCGCCGCGAAAAGGGUGGAAAGCCUAACGCCACGCUUGGAUGCCCUGGUGAGAGAAGUCUCUGAGACGGACAAAGAGUACAAUCUGCAAAGGACUGAGCGGGAAGAAAAGCGCAGAAAUCUCGAAAUGAACGGCCCGAUCCCGGCAGAGCCCGAGCCUCUGCAGCCUUCGAUAAGCGCUUCCAGCCACUUACCAGUCCAGAACGGCCACACAGGGUAUACUUCGGACACUGACCUGAGCAGGACGGACAGUACUGGCUCUCAAUUUGGCCGCCCUGCGGUCAAGACACUAUCCCCAACCAGUAACUCAGCCUUGCAAGGCGUUCCGAUCACCAAUCUGUCGACGUCACCCGGCGCUUCUUCAAUAGUGCCAACCCCGAACAAAUUCAAGGGCAUUCGUGACCUUGACGAGAGCUCCGUAUCGAUCGCUGACAAAUCAGCUGUCGGGCCACACCGCAAAGAAGGAUUAUUAUGGGCAUUGAGCAGGCCGGGUUCGCACUUAGACCCGAAGGGUAUCAACAAGCAGGCCUGGCACAAGUUUUGGAUUGUGCUUGACCAAGGCAAACUUUCAGAAUACAGCAAUUGGAAAGAUAAAUUGGACCUACAUCGGGAUCCUAUUGAUCUACGAAUGGCUUCGGUGCGAGUGGCAAGAGACGCAGAACGAAGAUUUUGUUUCGAGGUCAUAACUCCCCAGUACAAGCGCGUCUACCAGGCCACAACCGAGGAUGAGAUGAACAACUGGAUCACUUCCAUCAACAACGCUCUUCAAAGUGCGUUUGAGACUGGGCCUCACACCGCUCAACAGCCUCAGAAAGAAACGAAUGGACGCGAAUAUGGAGCCAUGUUGACUGGGAAGAGUUCAUCACAGUCCGGCCCACACGGUUACUCCCAGCGGACCGAUGUCAUCGGCGUAUCAAGGCGGACAACGGUCGGUUCCAGGCCCACCUAUAUCCGGACGAGCAGCAGCAGUUACGAAGAAACUCCCUCCAAGCUGCUGGACCAGCUCCGGAACAAUGAUCAUGGGAAUCAGCAAUGUGCCGAUUGCGGUUCUACUUCCAAGGUCGAUUGGGUUUCUCUGAACCUGGGCAUCAUCUUGUGUAUCGAAUGUGGAGGCAUUCAUCGUUCUCUGGGAACCCAUGUAUCCAAAAUUCGGUCACUAACUCUGGAUGUUACUUCUUUCACGAUCGAUAUUGUCGAGCUCUUGAUGCUGCUCGGCAAUCGAAUCAGCAACAUGGUCUGGGAAUCCUUGUUGGAUCAAUCCAUCAAGCCUGGUCCUAACGCCACGAGGGAUCAGCGGCUUAAAUUCAUCACGGCCAAAUACGUGGAGAGGGCUUUCGUUGCGCCUGUGUCCCAGCACGGGACUGCGGAUGACACCUUAUUGACAUCGAUUAAGAAACACGAUAUUCAGGGGGUCUUGGUAGGCCUCGCUCAGCGGGCGAAUGUCAACGCUCAUGACCGGUCAAGAAAUACCCAUGCGGUGUUUCUCGCUCUCGCAGCCGCUGACCCUGCUCGGCCAACGUCUUCUCACUCGGCCACACCCGCGCCAGCACUAAAAGCGUUCCCAAUGGCCGAGCUGUUGGUUCAGAACGGGGCAGAAAUCCCCACGGAGCCGCCAGCCAUACCUUUGUCGCCAGCUGCACAGCUCUACAUAGAGCAACGAACCUCUCGAGCUAUCAACAGUCAAUCCCGUCAAGGUGACACGUUAGGUCCUCUUCCCGCCAUGUCCAGAGCGCCACCGUUCUCCUCAUUUGACAGUACCACAAAAUUGCAGAAAAGAGGUAGUGCCGGUGCAAGAUUUGCCGGGAAAGUCACAGGACUCGGUGAACGAUAG